AUGGGCAAACACGCCCGCAAAUCUUGGGGCUCAGGCGAGAGCCAAACCCAGGAUAUUAGCUUUUUACUCACCCAGACAUCCAGGCCUAAAAUGGUGGAUCGACUGGCAGAGACACCACGCAGAUCCACAUCGGCCUCCGAGGAGGAAGAUCCAGAGCUGGAGGAGAUUCAGCCAUACACUCGAAGUGGCAGAGUGGUUUCCCAGCGGCAGCUCGACCCGCAACGGGACACAAAAACAGAUAUAACCGCGAUGGUGAUGGAGAUUAAGGCCUACAUUGCCUCUGAAAUGGCGGUCCUGAAAACAGACCUCAGCACUCUAGCAGGCAGGAUAUAA